AUGUGGGUCAACGAAGAUUUGGUACCCACCCCUAAAGCUAUGCGUAUCUGGGAUUGGUUCUCCUUUGCCUCUCUGUGGUGGGGUCAGAACUUCUCCGCCGGUGGUUGGUCUACCGGUGCUUCUCUUAUCAAUGUCGGUUUAACUCUCAACCAAACCAUGGCUAUCUGUGUCGCCGGUUCCUUCCUCACAUCUCUCUGUGGUGUAGCCAUGGCUCGUCCUGGUGCUCGUUACCACAUCGGUUUCCCCACUCUCGCCCGUACCUCUUUCGGUAUCAGAGGAUCUAAAAUCAUGGUAGGUAUCCGUGGUAUUGUGGCUGUCAUUUGGUACGCUGUACAAUCGUUCUACGGUGCCAGUCUCCUCAACGUCGGUUUCCGUGCCGUUUUCGGACACGGUUGGGUCCAUCUCCACAAUGGUCUCCCAGCUUCUGCCCACACCACGACCCAAUUCAUGGUCGUCUACUUUAUCUUCUGGCUUGUCCAAUUGCCAUUCGUUUUCGUUCACCCUUCGACUGCCCGUCACAUCUUUACUAUCAAAUCUUUCAUCCUCCCUGUUUCCGCUUUCGCUUUCCUCGGUGGUGUCGUUCACUUGGCCGGAGGUACACUCGACUUCAAGUUGAUCCAAAAGUCCCAAGCCCACGGUACUAAACUUUCUUGGGCUUUGCUCCAAGGUCUCAACGCCAUCUUCGGUACCAUCUCUCCCAUGUUGAUCAACCAACCUGACAUCGGACGUUACGCCAACAGACCUUCCAGUGCUCUUCACCCUCAAUUCUGGUCCAUGUGGAUUAACAAAAUCAUCGUGUUCUUCAUUGGAGUCGUUACCGCCGCCGCUAGUGCCAAAAUGUUCGGUACCACCGUUUGGAACGUUUGGGACUUGUGCACCAAAAUCCUUGACCACCACUGGAACGCUCACUGGCGUGCGGGUAUCGCGCUUUUCGCUUUGGCUCAAUGUGCCGGUACGAUUGCCACCAACGUCUUCGCCAACUCUAUUCCCUUCGGUGUCGACAUGGCUGGAUGUUUCCCCAAGUACAUCAACAUCGUCCGAGGUCAAUUUAUCUGCUGUGUACUCAGUUGGGCCGUUUGCCCUUGGCUCAUCUUGACCUCUGGUGCUAAAUUCGUCACUUUCUUGGGUUCUUACACUUUCUUCAUGGCUUCCGUCGUCGGUAUUAUGAUCGCCGAUUACUACGUUGUUCGACGCGGUAAUAUUCAUGUUCCUUCUCUUUACGACUUUACGCCCGGAUCCGUUUACAUGCCUAAGCCCAACGGUUUCCAACUCAAGGGUCUUCUCACUUGGCUCGUUACUAUCAUCAUUGGUAUCCCUGGUCUUGCCGCUUCUUACGGAACCACUCUAGCCGCUGCUCACAUCUACAACACCGGUUUCCUUCUCUGUUUCUGCGCCGCUUUCAUCGUCUACUCCGUAGUCAUGCUCAUCCUCCCCGAAAAGAUCUUCCCUGAUGAACGUAAAGACGAAUCUUCUUUCACUUGGGAAUGGCUCGGUAGAACCGGUGAUGGUUAUUACCCUGGUGAACCUGAAAUCACUUUCGGUCGUGGUGUACUUCAUCAAGCCACCGGUGACAACUUCCUUCACCGACACUCUCAUGCCGCCGAUAGCGAGAGUGAUAUUACUGAGAAAGAUAAAGAAGGUGUUAUUCAUCCUCACAGUCACACUGUCGUCGGUGUACCCAUCGCCCCUGCUCAAGGACCUUAG